AUGUCCACGUUCAAGAUUGUCGUGUUCGCUGGCGACCAUUGCGGUCCAGAAGUCACUGCCGAGGCAGUCAAGAUCUUGAGGACGAUUCAAGAAGAGAAACCAGACGUGCAAUUCGAGUUCCAGGACCACCUGCUCGGAGGGUGCUCCAUCGACGCCACGGGUUCACCUCUCACGGACGAAGCCCUUGAGGCCGCCAAAAACGCCGAUGCCGUAGUCCUAGGAGCAAUUGGCGGCCCUAAAUGGGGCACCGGCGCCGUCCGCCCUGAACAAGGCAUCCUCAAGCUGCGCAAAGAAAUGGGCACCUUCGGCAACCUGCGCCCCUGCUUCUUCGCCUCCGACUCCCUCAUCGACGCCUCCCCGCUCAAACCCUCCGUCUGCGCCGGCACAAACUUCAACAUCAUCCGCGAGCUCACGGGCGGGAUCUACUUCGGGGAGCGCAAAGAGGACGACGGAUCGGGCUCAGCCUUCGACACCGAGGUCUACUCGCGGCACGAGAUCGAGCGCGUAACACGCCUAGCCGCACGACUGGCGCUGCAGGAGAACCCGCCGCUGCCGGUGUGGAGUUUGGACAAGGCGAACGUGAUGGCGACGAGUCGGCUGUGGCGCAAGACGGUGACGGAGGUCAUGGAGAAGGAGUUUCCGCAGCUGAAGCUGGGCCAUCAUCUUAUUGACUCCGCGGCGAUGCUGAUGGUCAAGAAUCCGCGGGCUUUGAACGGGAUAAUUGUCACGAGCAACCUGUUUGGCGACAUCAUCAGCGACGAGGCGAGUGUGAUCCCCGGGAGCCUAGGGCUGUUGCCGAGUGCGAGUUUGAGCGGCAUUCCGGACGGGAAGACGAGAGUGAAUGGGAUUUAUGAACCCAUCCAUGGCUCCGCGCCAGACAUCUCGGGCAAAGGCAUCGUCAACCCCGUCGCGGCGAUCCUGUCCAUGAGCAUGCUGCUCAAGUACUCGCUCUGCAUGCCGGACUUGGCCAAGGCCGUCGACGACGCGGUGAAGAUUGUCAUCGACAAGGGGAUCCGGACGGCGGACAUCGGCGGCACCAAUAGCACCGUUGAUGUGGGCGACGCGGUGGCAAGCGAGCUGGCGCAGAUUUUGAGGGGUCAGAAGUCGGUGGAUGGUUAA